AUUCACUAGCUCUCUGAUUUCUGCAUUCCAAGCACACUUCUUCCCUUCUCCUUUCCAAUAACCUCGUUUUGCUCCCUAUUUGCAUCCCAGAUAGCUAGGCUCAGACUAUUAUACACCAUGUUCAUUGCGCGAUCGGAAUAUGACCGGGGGAUCAACACCUUCUCACCCGAGGGUCGUUUGUUCCAGGUCGAAUACUCUCUUGAAGCUAUCAAGCUCGGCUCCACAGCAAUCGGGAUAGCGACGAAUGAAGGUGUCGUCCUCGGUGUCGAAAAGCGUGUUACCUCUACCCUCCUCGAAACGUCAUCCGUCGAAAAGAUUCUUGAGAUCGACCAACACAUUGGGUGCGCCAUGUCAGGUCUGCAGGCAGAUGCCAGAUCGAUGAUUGAACAUGCUCGCGUUGAGUGCCAGAACCAUGCUUUCCACUUUGCCGAAUCGCUCCGCGUUGAGAGCUGCACACAAGCCAUCUGCGAUCUGGCUCUGAGAUUUGGAGAGGGUGCGGACGGAGAGGAGAGCGUCAUGAGUCGGCCCUUUGGUGUGGCGUUGCUGAUUGCAGGCUAUGACGAGGAUGGUCCACAACUAUAUCAUGCCGAACCAUCCGGUACAUUCUAUCGAUAUGACGCCAAAGCCAUCGGAUCUGGAAGCGAAGGUGCCCAGGCUGAAUUGCAAAACGAGUACCACCGAUCCCUUUCCCUUGCUGAGGCCGAGACUCUAGUCCUGAAGACAUUGAAGCAGGUAAUGGAAGAGAAGCUGGAUGCCAAGAACGUUCAGUUGGCCAGCGUGACCAAGGAGAAAGGUUUCCGAAUCUAUGAGGAAGAGGAGAUGGGUCGUGCUGUUAGUCAGUUGGGCGGGAAUUAAGCAGUGAAAAUGAAUUUGUAGUCAUGAAACAUUACACAACAACAAGCACUAUUUACAUCCAAUAUUGAUCUGUUCGAUUAGA